UACAGUGGAAGAUGAGGACAGUAUGGAUGGGCUGGAGACAGCAGAAGCAGACACUGCUAUGGAAACAGAAAUCAAAGAGCAGUCUGCAGAAGAGGAUGCUGAAGCAGAAGUGGACAGCGGCAGACAGCCAGCCCCGGGCCUCCAGCGGUCUGUGUCCGAGGAGUCGGCCAGCUCCCUGGUCUCGGUUGGCGUGGAAGCCAAAAUCAGUGAACAGCUCUGCGCCUUCUGUUACUGUGGCGAGAAGAGCUCCUUGGGCCAAGGGGACCUGAAGAUGUUCCGGGGGACACCUGGGCUCACCUGGCCGGGGAGAAACCCGCCUUCAGACAAGAGGGACGUCGAGGACAACAGCAGCAGAACCUGUGAGCAGAUGCAGAGCUCGGCACCACGGAAGCAGAGACAGAGAAAAGAGCGCUCCCCUCAGCAGAGCACCGUGUCUUGUGUGAGUGUGAGCACGCAGACGGCUUCCGAGGAGCAGGCCGGUAAAUUAUGGGACGAGCUCAGUCUGGUUGGCCUUCCGGACGCCAUUGCUGUAGAAGCCUUACUGGACCCUGCAGGCACUUGCUGGGCCCAUCACCGCUGUGUCGAGUGGUCCCUGGGAGGUGGCCAGAUGGAAGAGCCGUUACCAGUGAGCGUGGACAGAGCUGUUGUCUCAGGGAGCACAGAACGCUGUGCCUUCUGUAAGCACCUUGGAGCCACUAUCCGAUGCUGUGAAGACGCGUGUGCCCGGGCCUACCACUACCCCUGCGCCGCGGGGGCCGGCACCUUCCAGGACUCCCGGCGCUGCUCCCUGCUCUGCCCCGAGCACAUCGACCAGGCCCCCGAGAGGUCCAAGGAAGACGCCAACUGCGCUGUGUGCGACAGCCCGGGGGACCUGCUGGACCAGUUCUUCUGCACCACCUGCGGGCAGCACUACCAUGGGCUGUGCCUGGACAUCGCGGCCACGCCCCUGAAACGGGCGGGCUGGCAGUGUCCCGAGUGCAAGGUGUGCCAGAACUGCAAACAAUCGGGAGAGGACAGCAAGAUGCUAGUAUGUGACACGUGCGACAAAGGCUAUCACACUUUCUGUCUUCAGCCAGUCAUGAAGUCAGUGCCCACCAACGGCUGGAAGUGCAAGAACUGCCGCGUGUGUGUCGAGUGUGGGGUGCGGUCCAGCCCUCAGUGGCACCACAAUUGCCUGGUGUGCGACAGCUGCUACCAGCAGCAGGGAGACCGGUGUCCGCUCUGCGGCAAGUGCCUCCGCCCGGACCUGCAGCAGGACAUGCUUCAUUGCCACCUGUGCAAGAGGUGGAUUCACUUAGAAUGUGACCGGACAGCAGACCACGAGCUGGAUGCCCAGCCCAGGGAUCUGUAUGUCUGUGUGUACUGCAGACACCUGGCCGCAGAGAUGCAGCCGCUGCAGCCAGAUGACGAGGUGGAGAUGGCCGAGCUCCCCACAGAUUACAACCAUGCGAUGGAGGUUGAAGGACCCGAGGGCCAUGUGGUGUUUCUGGAGCCAGCGGUUGACGAAGACACCACGGGCCAGGAGUUCACACCUGGAAUUGUUCCAGAUGCGGCUGGGGCCCACCCCGGGGUGCAGAACCACCCACCACAGAGCCUGGAGACGCGGGAGCUGCUCCCUCCCGACUCGUCCCAAGACAAAACGAAGCCUGAAUUGGAAAAUCAGAUUUCUCAUGAAGUUGAUACUGAAAAAGUAGAAGUAUCCCCUAAAGCGAUAGCUGUCUGUGAAGAAGAUGGAAGUGAGAACAGAGUGGACGUGCUGGCCCUGGCCGCAGCCCCAGCCCCCCAGCCCCCCGUGCUGGAGGCUAGCCCGGUGGACCUGGAGAUGGCCGUGCCUGCGCAGGAGUCGAGGCCUCCCGGGGCGCCCGUGGCCCCCGUCACCAUCCUGUCUGAGGCCUUGGUGUCCCCAUGCGAGGAGAGUACUUCCCUGUGUUCCAAGGGCCAGCUGGCUGUGGAAAGGGCGCAGGGGACCACGGAGCAGCAGGACGCGUCCGAAUCUUCCUCUGCGCGCGUGGACUCGGAGGUGGCCUCCGCGGCUGAGCGUGGGGGCGGUGAGGGCCUGUGCCAGGAUGACAGCGCCGUCCGGCUGCCCUCUGAGUCUGAGGCGGCCUUCCCCUCCGCGGCCGACGCCAGCAAGGCUGCUGCGCCCUCCUCGCCACCGGCCUGCUCGGACCCGCCGCCGCCCGACGUGCUGCCCGGCCUCCCCUCAGCCCUUGGCGCGUCCGGGGCGGGCAUCGCGUCCACGACCUACAUCUCCGUGACUCCAAAAAUUGGCAUGGGCAAGCCCGCCAUCACCAAAAGGAAAUUUUCUCCUGGUCGGCCUCGGUCCAAGCAGGGGGCCUGGAGCGCCCAUAAUACAGUGAGCCCACCUUCCUGGUCCCCAGACUUUUCAGAAGGCCGGGAAAUUUUUAAACCCAGGCAGCUUCCUGGCAGUGCCAUUUGGAGCGUCAAAGUGGGCCGAGGGUCGGGCUUCCCGGGAAAGCGGAGACCUCGGGGCGCUGGCCUGGCAGGGCGAGGCGGCCGGGGAAGGUCCAGGCUGAAGAGUGGAGCCGGCGCGCUGGUGCUGCCGGGGGUGUCUGCUGCCGACGUCUCAUCAAGCAAGGACGAGGAAGAGAACUCCAUGCACAACACGGUGGUGCUGUUCUCCAGCAGCGACAAGUUCACACUGCAUCAGGACAUGUGCGUGGUGUGCGGCAGCUUUGGCCAGGGCGCCGAGGGGAGGCUGCUGGCCUGUUCCCAGUGCGGCCAGUGCUACCACCCGUACUGCGUCAGCAUCAAGAUCACGAAGGUGGUGCUGAGCAAAGGGUGGCGCUGUCUCGAGUGCACGGUGUGCGAGGCCUGCGGGAAGGCGUCAGACCCGGGGCGGCUUCUGCUGUGCGACGACUGCGACAUCAGCUACCACACCUACUGCCUGGACCCGCCGCUGCAGACCGUGCCCAAAGGCGGCUGGAAGUGCAAAUGGUGCGUCUGGUGUCGACACUGCGGGGCCGCCUCGGCGGGCCUGAGGUGCGAGUGGCAGAACAACUACACGCAGUGCGGGCCCUGCGCCAGCCUGGCCACCUGCCCCACCUGCUGCCGCAGCUACCGGGAGGAGGACCUCAUCCUGCAGUGCAGGCAGUGCGACCGGUGGAUGCAUGCGGUGUGUCAGAACUUCAGCUCCGAGGAGGAGGUGGAGGCCGCGGUGGACGUGGGGUUCGACUGCAGCGUGUGCCGGCCCUUCAUGCCACCGUCCAGCGUGCCUUCCUCAGACUGCGGUGACUCCUCACUGGUGGCGCAGAUUGUCACGAAAGUGAAAGAGCUAGACCCGCCCAAGACCUACACCCAGGACGGCGUGUGCUUGACCGAGUCGGGGAUGGCCCAGCUGCAGAGCCUCACAGUCGCCGUCCCCAGAAGAAAGCGCUCCAAGCCGAAGCUGAAGUUGAAGAUCAUCAAUCAGAACAGCGUGGCUGUCCUGCAGACCCCUCCGGACAUCCAGUCAGAGUACUCCAGGGACGGUGACAUGGAUGACAGUCGAGAAGGAGAGCUUAUGGAUUGUGAUGCAAAGUCAGAAUCCAGUCCUGAACGGGAAGCCGCGGAUGAUGAAGCUAAAGGAGUGGAAGCGGCAGAGGGGGUCAAGAAGAGAAAGCGGAAGCCGUACAGACCAGGUAUCGGUGGAUUUAUGGUUCGGCAAAGAAGUCGAACGGGGCAAGGGAAAACCAAGAGAUCUGUGAUGAGAAAAGAUUCCUCGGGCUCCAUGUCUGAGCAGCUGCCCGGCAGAGACGACGGCUGGAGUGAGCAGUUGCCAGAUGCUUUAGUUGAUGAACCUGUUUCUAUCACUGAGAACACUGAAAAAAUAAAGAAGCGAUACCGCAAAAGGAAAAAUAAGCUUGAGGAAACGUUCCCUGCCUACUUACAGGAAGCUUUUUUUGGAAAAGACCUUCUCGAUACAAGUAGACAGAACAAGCUCAGCUUAGAUAAUCUAGCAGAAGACGCGUCUCGGCUUCCAUAUAAAACAGGCCUGAACACCGACUUCUGCGGCCCGCCCCUAGAGCCGCUGCUCAGCUCUUCUGCCGCCCCGGCAAAGCCUGGAGCUCAAGGUACUGCUGACGACCCUUUGGUUGAUAUCUCCGAAGUCUUAAAUACAGACGACGACAUUCUUGGAAUCAUUUCGGAUGACCUUGCAAAGUCAGUCGAUCACUCAGGUCUUGAUUUAUGCACUUUCCAGGGUGAGAGCUCACCUCUUCCGUUUGCUGGAAUAGACGUCGGGCCUGUCGCCGACGACCCCUCUGCGCUGCCUCAGCCAGGGCUCGGCUCGAGCUCACGCCCACUGAGUGAAGAGCAGCUUGACGGAAUCCUCAGCCCCGAACUAGACAAAAUGGUCACAGACGGAGCGAUUCUUGGCAAAUUAUAUAAGAUUCCAGAGCUUGGCGGGAAGGAUGUGGAAGACUUAUUCACAGCCGUGCUCAGUCCUGCCGCCCCCCAGCCGAGCCCCUUGCCGCAGGCCCCUGCCCCGCAGCUGCUCACCUUGCACAACCAGGAUGUUUUUUCGCGGAUGCCGCUCAUGAAUGGCCUUAUUGGACCCGGCCCUCACCUCCCACAUAACUCUCUGCCUCCUGGAAAUGGUUUGGGGACUUUCUCAGCUGUAGCACAGCCCCCUUACACGGACCCCAGGGAUAAGAAUCCAGUGUUUACUCCAAUGGCAAGUGACCCCACCGGCUCGUGGGUGUCACCUGCCGCCGCCCUGGAGGGCGAGGGCGACACCAUGUCCAGCGCCCAGAGGAGCACUCUGAAGUGGGAGAAGGAGGAGGCUCUGGGCGAAAUGGCCACUGUCGCUCCCGUUCUCUACACGAACAUCAACUUCCCCAACCUAAAGGAAGAGUUCCCAGACUGGACGACUAGAGUGAAGCAAAUUGCUAAGUUGUGGAGAAAAGCAAGUUCUCAGGAAAGAGCACCAUAUGUGCAAAAAGCCAGAGAUAACAGAGCUGCUUUGCGUAUUAAUAAAGUGCAAAUGUCAAGCGACCCCAUGAAAAGGCAGCAGCAGCCGGACAGUGUGGACCCCAGUUCUCGUAUCGACUCAGAUAUUUUUAAAGACCCCUUAAAGCAGCGAGAGUCAGAACAUGAGCAGGAAUGGAAAUUUAGACAGCAAAUGCGUCAGAAAAGUAAGCAGCAGGCUAAGAUCGAAGCCACACAGAAGCUCGAGCAGGUGAAGAAUGAGCAGCAGCAACAGCAGCAGCAGCAGCAGCAGCAACAGCAGCAACAGCAGCAGCAGCAGCAGCAGCAGCAGCAGCAGCAGCAGCAGCAGCUCCUCGGUGCUCAACCCCUCGUGGCCCCAUCUGGGUCGGACACGCCGAGCAGUGGGGUUCAGAGCCCACUGACCCCUCAGCCGGGCAGCGGAAGCAUGUCUCCCGCACAAUCAUUCCACAAAGACCUGUUCACGAAGCCGCUGCCCACCACCCCAACCUCCACCUCCUCGGAUGACGUGUUUGUAAAGCCACAGGCACCCCCACCGCCCCCCACUCCCUCCCGGCUAGCCCUCCAGGAUAACCUGGUGCCAGCUCAGGCCACCCAGCCGCCUCCACCUCAGGUGUAUUCACCUGGGUCUUCCACCUCCCGGCCACCAUCGCCCAUGGAUCCUUACGCAAAAAUGGUCGGCACCCCAAGACCACCUCCGACAGGUCACGGUUUUUCCAGAAGAACUUCUGCACUUGUAGAAAACUGUGCACCUCUGUCAUCCGUCUCCAGGCCCCCUCCAGCAAGCGAGUCUGCGGGAGGUCGGCCAUCCCCAGCCAGGGACCCCUGCUCCUCCGCCACCCUCCCGGACCCCUACGCAAAACCCCCAGACACUCCCCGUCCUGUGAUGACAGAGCAGUUUCCCAAGCCCUUGGGCCUGCCCCGGUCCCCCAUCAUUCCAGAACAAACUGCAAAGGGGUCCCCAGCAGCUGGAGGCAGUGAUCACUUUGCUAAACCGCCUCCCAGGACAGGCGUGUUUCAGCGGCCACGCGUCCCGGACCCGUACGCACGGCCUGUGCUCACGCCCGCGCCUCUGGACAGUGGCCCCGGGGCUUUCAAGACACCCACGCAGCCCCUUCCACCCUCCCAGGAGCCGUACGGGUCGGUGUGCACAGCCCCACGGCGGCUGCCUCUCGACCCCUACGAUAGGCCUGCUUUGACACCAAGACCUGUGGAUACCUUCUCUCACAGCCAGUCAGGUGACCCCUACAGCCAGCCCCCAGGCACCCCACACCCAGCGAUGAGCGAGUCUUUCGCCCAUCCUUCAAGGGCUUUCUCUCAGUCUGGAGCCAUGGCCAGGCCAGCCUCUCAGGACCCAUAUGCCCAGCCCCCAGGGACACCGCGGCCUGUCCUUGACUCUUACCCCCCGCCCUCAGGAACACCUCGCUCCAACCCAGACCCUUACGCACAGCCUCCUGGCACCCCUCGGCCCACGGUGGUGGAUCCGUACAGUCAGCAGCCACCCACACCCCGACCCCCCCCGGCAGCGGACAUGUUUGUGCCGCCUGCGGCUGCCCAGAGGCACUCAGACCCCUAUGCCCACCCCCCUGGGACGCCCCGGCCAGGUGUGUCGGUCCCGUUUGCGCAGCCCCCUGCCGCCCCCAGGCCACGCAUGGUGGAGGCCUUCACGCGGUCCUCCUUGACAAGGCCGGUGCUAGGGCCGAGUCAGGACUCCUUCCUGCCAGCAGCUGCGAGCCACGGAGCAGCUGUCCCCGGACCUGCGGGCAGGUCACCCGACAUGUGUGCCCAGGCCCCUCGGCCCCCAGGACCUGGUCUGCCGGACACGUUCAGUCGCAUCUCCCCGUCUGCAGCUCGAGAUCCCUAUGACCAACCCCCGGUGACUCCCCGGCCUCCGUCCGAAGCCUUUGGAACAAGCCAGGUUGCUCGAGACCUCACUGACCAGCCCCGGCCCGCAUCGGCAGGGACCUUCGGCCCCCCCGCAAAGUCCCCAGCGAGCUCUCAGGGCCAGCAGUUCCCCAGCACGCCGCAGCUCCCGGGGCCCGCUCCCGCUCCCGGCGCCUCUGAGUCUCAGAACACCGUGAACAUGUCGCAGGCAGACAUGGAGAAGCUGAGGCAGCGGCAGAAGUUACGUGAAAUCAUCCUCCAGCAGCAGCAGCAGAAGAAGAUGGCAGGCCGGCAGGAGAAAGGGGCGCUGGACCCCACCGCGGUGGCCCCCACAGGGCCGCUGCAGCACUGGCAGCCCGAGGGCAUGGGCCAGCCCUUCACUCGGCCUCCGCCCCCCUAUCCUGGGAGCAUGCGCUCACCCCUCGGGCCUCCUCUGGGACCUCGCUACGCCCUUUUCCCGAAGGACCCGCGCGCAGCGUACCCUGCUGACGUCCCUGGGAUGGGCAUGAGGCCGCACGGGGGCAGAUUUGGAUUUCCAGGCAGCGGUCAUGGUACCAUGUCCAGUCAGGAGCGCUUCCUGGUGCCUCCUCAGCAAAUCCCAGGCUCUGGGGUCCCCCCACAACUGAGACGGUCACUUUCUGUGGAUGUGCCCAGGCCUUUAAAUAACACACCGAUGGGCAAUCCGGUGGGGCUGGCCCAGCACUUCCCACCCCAGAGUCUACCGGUGCCGCAGCAUAACAUCCUGGGCCAGGCUUUCAUUGAGCUCAGGCAUCGGGCCCCGGACGGGAGGCCGCGGCUGCCCUUCGGUACUGCUCCCGGCAGUAUGUUGGAGACACCUUCUCAUCCAAGACACGGGAACUUCAUUUCCAGGCCCGAUUUCCCAGGCCCUCGACUGACAGACCCCAUGGCACGACCUCCCCCCAUCCUGCCUGGCCAGCUGCCCCUGCACCCAGGCAUGGACUCAGUGCCGCUAUCACCUCAGCAGCAGGGUCGCCCUGUUCACGCGUCUGCAAUGGUCAUGCGGUCACCGAGUCAGCCCCUUGGUGGCGGAUUUUCAGAGGCCUCUCUGUCCACCCCCGCACAGGCUGAAACAGGGUCUGAUCAUUUACAGAUCGCUGCCCAGGCAGCCGAUGGGCUUGAAGAAAAACUUGAUUCAGACGAUCCUUCUGUGAAAGAACUGGAUGUCAAAGACCUGGAGGGCGUUGAAGUCAAAGACUUGGACGAUGAAGAUCUUGAAAAUUUAAAUUUAGAUGCAGAGGACGGGAAAGGAGAUGAGCUGGACACUCUGGGCAAUCUGGAGACGAACGACCCCAACCUGGACGACCUCCUGCGGUCGGGAGAGUUUGACAUCAUUGCCUACACGGACCCAGAACUUGACCUGGAGGACAAGAAGAGCAUGUUCAGCGCGGAGCUGGACCUCGGCGUCCCAGUCGAUGACAAGCCCCCGAGUCAGUGCGUGCCGGCCGCCCUGGAGGCCACGGCUCAGGAGGAUAAGGCCGUGGCACCCGCCGAGAGACGCUCGCCGUGGAAAACAUCCCCAGCAGGCGGGGACAUAAAAACUGAAGCAGCCUCUCCCGGUUCCAAAGGCGAUGUCAGAGAGGACGUGGAGAAAGGGGACGAGGCCAGAGACUCUGGGGAGGCACCCUGCUCGCAGGCGCCCGCCCCUGUGGAGGGGAGUGGGGGCGAGCGGCCAUCCUCCCAGCCAGCCGACGCGGGCCCUUCCGAGAGGAGGCCCGAUCCCAGCGGUGGCGGGGGCAUGGGCCCCUGCCCCGGGCAGCCGCCCGCCGAGGAGGCCGCCACCUCUUGCAGCCUAACUGCAUCGACUCCUGUUCUCUCCAGUUUACUUGCUCACGAGAAGCCUGACACCUCUGAUGUGGGGCCCUUAGGGUCUCCAGCACCCACACUGCCCACCUCCCCAUCCAGCCGUGUGCAGGGCGUGCCACCCACAAUGACAACACCGCCCGGGCAGGUUUUGGAUAACAGCAACUUGAAUUCCGGAGUGACCAUGGUCCCCAGGGUAAACGCUGCUUUUCCUCAGGGUGUGCAAGUAAACCCAGGCUUUGCUCAGGGGCCGCCGGCAGUCAGCCACGGUUUUGGGACUGGGAAACCUGCCGGCCAAACGGUGCCACUGAGUCAGCCUGGGACCAGUGGCCUGCCCGGGCCCCAGCAGCUGAUGACCUCGCCGAUGGCCCAGCAGGGCAGGGAGCGACCCCUCCUCCUGGAGGAGCAGCCCCUCCUUCUGCAGGAUCUUCUGGAUCAGGAGAGGCAGGAGCAGCAGCAGCAGAGACAGAUGCAGGCGAUGAUCCGGCAGCGGUCCGAGCCCUUCUUCCCCAACAUUGAUUUUGACGCAAUUACAGACCCUAUAAUGAAGGCGAAAAUGGUGGCCCUAAAAGGCAUAAACAAAGUGAUGGCACAGAACAGUAUGGGCAUGCCGCCGGUGGUGAUGACCAGGUUCCCCUUUGUGGGCCCGGCAGUGCCCGGGACGCAGAACAGCGAAGGCCAGAACCUCCCGCCGCAGGCGCUCGCUCAGGAUGGCAGUAUAACACAUCAGAUUUCUAGGCCUAAUCCUCCAAAUUUUGGUCCAGGCUUUGUCAAUGACUCUCAGCGUAAGCAGUAUGAGGAGUGGCUCCAGGAGACCCAGCAGCUUCUCCAGAUGCAGCAGAAAUACCUUGAAGAACAAAUUGGUGCCCACAGAAAAUCUAAGAAGGCCCUUUCAGCUAAGCAGCGUACAGCCAAGAAAGCUGGGCGUGAGUUUCCAGAAGAGGAUGCUGAGCAGCUCAAGCACGUCACCGAACAGCAGAGCAUGGUCCAGAAGCAGCUGGAGCAGAUCCGCAAGCAGCAGAAGGAGCAUGCCGAGCUGAUCGAGGAUUACCGGAUCCAGCAGCAGCAGCAGCAGCAGCAGCAGCAGUGUGCACUGGCCCCACCGGGGGUCCUGCCCGGAGUCCAGCCACAGCCGCCGCUGGGGGCGGCGCCUGCCCCUCCGGCCAUGAGCCAGCCUGGCUUCCCCCUGGUGCCCCAGCAGCUGCAGCACCAGCAGCACCCGGCCGUCCUGUCCGGCCACAGCAGCCCUGCCAGGAUGCCCGGUUUGCCUGGAUGGCAGCCAGCCGCCACCCCUGCUCACCUCCCCCUUGGCACCCCCAGGAUUCAGCCCACCGUGACCCAGUUACCUAUAAAAACCUGCACGCCCACCUCGGGGCCGGUGUCAAGCGCCAGCCCCCAGAGCGGACCACCCCCGCGGGUGGAAUUUGAUGACAACAACCCCUUCAGCGAAGGCUUUCAGGAGCGGGAGCGCAAGGAGCGCUUGCGGGAGCAGCAGGAGCGGCAGCGCGCCCAGCUCAUCUCUGAACUGCCCUGUGACUUCAUGCCCCCGCCCCGGCCCCCCCAGCAGUCCCCCCAGCACCAGCCUCCGGCCGGGCAGGGCUUGCCCCCACAGAACGUGCCCCAGGGGCCCCUGGGGCACUCCCCCCCUGCCCAGACCUUCCUGCCCGCCGGCGAGCGCAGACAGAUGGGAGCACCCUCCUUUGUUCCUGACGCGCCCUCCAUUCCCACCGGGAGCCCCAACUUCCAGCCCGUGAAGCAGGUGCAUGCAGGUCUCUCCGGAGCCAGCUUCCCGCCGUCCCCAGUCAGGCCCCCUUUCACACCUGCCUCAGCCGCGGCGCCUCCCGUGUCUACUAGUGCCCUGCCUCCCUGCAGCCCGGACCCCGGGGGGACCCACGGACAGAGCUUCGCUGGGACAGCCCAGUCUCUCAUCCAGCUGUACUCCGAUAUCAUCCCGGAAGAGAAGGGGAAAAAGAAAAGAACAAGGAAGAAAAGGAAAGAUGAUGAUGCAGAAUCCACCAAGGAGCCGUCCACACCGCACUCGGACAGCACUGCCCUGCCGACCCCUGGCGUCCCCGAGGCCGCCCCCGCGCCCUCCGUUAGCGCGCACGCUGGGCUUGCUCUUGCUUCCCAGGGAGAGUCGGAGUCGCUGGGCCCUGCCGCCCCUGGCGAGGUGGUGGGCCAGCCGCGCACUGAGGUGGAGAGCAGUCUGCCGGACGCCGAUUGCCUGCAAGGAGCUCCCAACCAGAAGCCUGACGCGGGCGCCGAGGGGGGCGGGCCAGCUGUGGAAACGGAAACGCCUGCCUUGGCGCUGGAGGCGAAGCUGGAGGCCGCUGAGCCCCAGCAGGGCCCGGGCCGAGAUGAGCCGCAGCCAGAGGGGCGAGCUGGGGGCGAGGACGAAGGAGCAGCCGCGGCUGAGCCCCUGUCCUCUGGCCAGAGCCCGCCCCGCCCCGCCGGGACCCCCACCGCCAAAGGGGAUUUGGGCAACGAGCUUCUGAAGCAUCUGCUGAAAAACAAAAAGUCGUCUUCCGUUUCAAAUCCCAAACCUGAAGGCAGCCUUUGUCCCGAGGACGACGGCGUGAAGGACCGCAAGCUGGCCGGAGCCUCGCCGGCUUCGGGGGCGCAAACGCAAGGUGGUUUUGGAUGUGGCAGCAGCCAGUUGCCAAAAACAGAUGGAAGCAGUGAAACCAAGAAGCAGCGAAACAAACGGACUCAGAGGACUGCAGAGAAGGCAGCGCCUCGCUCAAAAAGAAGGAAAAAGGACGAUGAGGAGAAACACGGCCUGUACUCGAACUCCGAGUCCUUCGCCCAUUUGAAGCAGCAGCUCUCUCUGCUCCCUCUAAUGGAACCGGUCAUUGGAGUGAACUUUGCGCACUUUCUUCCUUACGGCAGCGGCCAGCUCAGCAGCGGGAGCCGCCUGCUGGGAGCUUUCGGCAGUGCCGCCCUGGAAGGGGUUUCCGACUACUACUCCCAGUUAAUCUGCAAGCAGAAUAAUCUAAGUAAUCCUCCAACACCCCCUGCCUCUCUUCCUCCUACACCACCUCCCAUGGCCUGUCCGAAGAUGGUAAAUGGCUUUGCGACUACUGAGGAGCUUGCUGGAAAAGCUGGUGUGUUCGCAAGCCACGAAGCUCUCCCAGUCACCAAAAAUCUGGGGCCUAAGCCAUUUCAGCUGCCAUUCAGACCUCAUGAGGACUUGCUGGCCAGAGCAAUCGCUCAGGGCCCAAAGACGGUGGACGUCCCAGCUUCCCUUCCAACACCACCUCACAACAACCAGGAGGAGUUGAGGGCACAGGACCACGUGGGCGAUCGGGACACGCCCGACAGUUUCGUUCCCUCGUCCUCUCCCGAGAGCGUGGUGGGGCUGGAAGUGAGCAGGUACCCGGAUCUGUCCUUGGUCAAAGAGGAGCCCCCAGAGCCCGUGCCGUCCCCCAUCAUCCCCAUCCUGCCCAGCAGCGCUGGCAAAGGUUCAGAAUCUAGAAGAAAUGAUAUCAAAACUGAGCCAGGCACUUUAUUCUUUGCACCGCCUUUUGGUUCAUCCCCAAAUGGCCCCAGAUCGGGUCUUAUAUCUGUAGCGAUCACUCUGCAUCCUACAGCUGCUGAGAACAUCAGCAGCGUUGUGGCUGCGUUUUCCGACCUGCUUCACGUCCGCGUCCCUAGCAGCUAUGAGGUUAGUAGCGCUCCGGGUGCUCCCUCCGUGGGUGUGGCCGGUGGCCACAGAGUGAGCCCAGGUGCGGAGUAUCGACAGCAUUUAUUUCUUCGUGGGCCUCCACCAGGAUCUGCACACCCUCCCAGAUCAGCCAGCUCUUACCGGCUGGAGCAGCCAAAUGUUCCAUUUCCUCCAGCAAGCGACGGCCUGUCCGGGUUCAGGGGCUCUGGCCGCGGGGCCCCCGAAGGCGCAGCCCCCGGGCCACAGUGGUGCUCCCACUGCAAGGUGGUCGUGCUGGGAAGCGGCGUGCGGAAGACAUGCAGAGACCUGGCCUCCUUCGGCAAGGACUCCCGAGAAAGCCCUGGUGGCGUGGAGAAGGCCGCCGUCUUCUGCAGCAACAACUGCUUCAUCCUGCACUCGUCGGCGUUACGGGCGAAGCACUCAGAAAGCAAGGACUCUGUCCCUUCGUUGCCGCCGUCGCCUGUCAGAGAGGCGCCGUCCCGUGCCUUCCACCAGUACAGCAACAACAUCUCCACGCUGGACGUGCACUGCCUGGCCCAGCUCCAGGACAAGGCCUCGCCGCCCGCCUCGCCGCCCAUCGCCUUCCCGCCCGCCCUCGAGGCCGCCAAGGCCGAGGCCAAGCCCGACGAGCUCAAGGUCACCGUCAAGCUGAAGCCUCGGCUGCGCGCCGUGCACGGGGCCUGUGAGGACUGCCGGCCCGUCAGCAAGAAGUGGCGCGGCAUGAAGUGGAAGAAGUGGGGCAUCCACAUCGUCACCCCCAAGGGCACCUGCAGGCCGCCCGGCGAGGAGGAGAUCGACGACUUCCUGAGCCAACGGGGCACCUCCCUGAGGCCCGACCCGGCGCCCCGGGACUUCCGCAAGUGCUGCUUCUGCCACGAGGAGGGCGACGGCCUGACGGACGGCCCGGCGCGGCUGCUCAACCUGGACCUGGACCUGUGGGUGCACCUCAACUGCGCGCUCUGGUCCACCGAGGUCUACGAGACCCAGGCGGGCGCGCUCAUCAACGUGGAGCUGGCGCUGCGCCGCGGCCUGCAGAUGAGGUGCGUGUGCUGCCACAAGGCGGGCGCCACCAGCGGCUGCCACCGCUUCCGCUGCGCCAACACCUACCACUUCACCUGCGCGCUCCGGGCGCAGUGCAUGUUCUUCAAGGACAAGACCAUGCUGUGCCCGGCGCACAGGCCCAAGGGCGCCCACGAGCAGGAGCUGAGCCACUUCGCCGUCUUCCGCCGCGUGUACGUGCAGCGCGACGAGGCGCGCCAGAUCGCCAGCAUCGUGCAGCGCGGCGAGCGCGGCCACACCUUCCGGGUGGGCAGCCUCAUCUUCCACGCCAUCGGCCAGCUGCUGCCGCAGCAGAUGCCGGCCUUCCACUCGCCGCGCGCGCUCUUCCCCGUGGGCUACGAGGCCAGCCGGCUCUACUGGAGCGCGCGCUACCCGCACCGGCGCUGCCGCUACCUGUGCUCCAUCGAGGAGCGGGACGGGCGCCCCGCCUUCGUCGUCAGGGUGGUGGAGCAGGGCCACGAGGACCUCGUGCUGAGCGACACGUCGCCGAAAGGUGUGUGGGAUAAAAUCCUGGAGCCCGUGGCCUGUGUGAGGAAGAAGUCGGAGAUGCUCCAGCUCUUCCCGGCGUAUCUGCGAGGCGAAGACCUGUUUGGCCUGACGGUCUCUGCCGUGGCCCGGAUCGCCGAGUCGCUCCCUGGGGUGGAGGCCUGCGAGCACUACACCUUCCGCUACGGCCGGAACCCCCUCAUGGAGCUUCCCCUCGCCGUCAACCCCACCGGCUGCGCCCGCUCCGAGCCCAAGAUGAGCGCGCACGUCAAGAGGUUUGUGUUAAGGCCCCACACCCUGAACAGCACCAGCACCUCCAAGUCCUUCCAGAGCACGGUCACCGGGGAGCUGAACGCGCCCUACAGCAAGCAGUUCGUGCACUCCAAGUCCUCGCAGUACCGCAAGAUGAAGACCGAGUGGAAGUCCAACGUGUACCUGGCGCGAUCGCGCAUCCAGGGCCUGGGCCUGUACGCGGCCAGAGACAUCGAGAAGCACACCAUGGUCAUCGAGUACAUCGGGACCGUCAUCCGCAACGAGGUCGCCGACAGGAAGGAGAAGCUGUACGAGUCCCAGUUUCCGAAACAGACCCUUACCUCUGGGCUUCGCGAGCACCGAAGCCUUUGCCACCUCGGGCACGGGCCGGGCGUUGGGCCUCAGCCUGCCCCGCGGCGACUUGCGUCACCCCUGCGAGCGCAGGCGCCCUGGUGCGCUGGAGGCGCCCGGGCCGUCUCCCGCAGCGGUGCCGAGCGCGCCCCUGAGGUCCCGGUCGCGGGCCCCUCGAGGCCUGGACCUCCCAGCUGGCGGAGCCAGGGCAACCCCCUGCAGAUGUGGGGUCCCGAGAGCUUGGUCUCGGGGUGUCGUGAGGCCCCAGACGAGAGGAGAGCAGCUACGGACAGACGAAAGGACCAAGUCGCCUCUCAGGGGGGCCUGGCCGCCAGCACAGCCGCAGAGCACCACCGUGGGCCCCGGCUGGCCCAGAGCCCCGCAGAGGGGGCAGCCUCGCCACUGCCAGCGGAGGCCAUCCCGGCCAGCGCUGCCACGGGCCCUCCGGCAGGCGUCCACGGGCAGCUGUGGGUGUGGCGAGGACCCAAGGAGCCCAGGCCCGAGAGGAGCCAGCGGUGA